ACUAAAACAGUUUAAUCUUAAUAUUCACAACGCGAACAGUUAAUAAUUAUUUACUAAUAAAUUACUUAAUUUAGUUAUUUAAAUUAUUAACAAAUAUAAUGGGUUUAAUUAUAACCAAACUCUUGGAUAGAUUUAUCGGCAAAGAAAAUCUGCGAAUUCUAAUGCUAGGUUUAGAUGGUGCGGGUAAAACUACUAUUUUAUUUAAACUUAAAUUGGGUGAAGUGAUCUCUACCAUACCUACGAUUGGCUUUAAUGUAGAGACAGUGGAAUAUAAAAACAUUUCUUUUACUGUUUGGGAUAUUGGUGGUCAGAAAACAAUACGUUCUUUGUGGUAUCAUUAUUUUCCCAAUACGGCUGCCAUCAUUUUUGUUGUGGACUCUUCGGAUGUGGCACGUGUGGAAACGGCCAGAGAGGAAUUACAUGAGAUUAUGCAGAAUUAUGAAUUAAGAAAUGUUGUACUUUUAGUGUUGGCCAAUAAACAGGAUAUGCCAAAUGCUUUAAAUGUUAGUGAACUGGCUGAACAAUUGGAAUUGCCCAAACUAAAACAUAUAUGGCAUAUUCAGAGUACCUCCGCUACCAGGGGAGAUGGUAUUUAUGAGGGUCUCGAUAAUUUACGUGAAAUGUUAAGGCGUAAUAAGAGCAACUGAGUAGCAUAAUGUAAAAAUAGUUUAUAAAAGAGAACAAAUUUUUCAUAAAGUAUUAUUUUGAUAUUAAUAUUAAUAAAAUGAAAUAAUUUAACUUAAGUGAUAGUGAAAACUCAUGGUGAAAACAAUACAAAUACAUACAUAACACAUUUUUAAGAUUAACUUUCUCUAGAAUAAAUAAAAAUUUUAUAUUUUUCACCCUU